AUGAGCAGGAUUCAUCCAGCAUUGCUCUAUCUCACCAUUUAUAACCCGACUUUACGUCCCAAUGAAGAGGUGUCCAAAGACGACGAGGAUGCAGAAGAGCAAGCACAGAUAUUGUUCUACACUUCACAAGAACGCGCUGCUUCGCGCGACAAGAUGCUUAGGCAGGUCGGACUCGCCAAGGCGCUCGUCAAUUUCUCUGAGAUAUUCCAUCCGACCGACUCUUGCCACAAUGUACAUUCUCAGUCGAGAAGGAUGAUAAUGCUCAACCCCGAACCUGACUUCUGGAUUCACGCAGCGGUAGAGCUUUCAAAAUCACCGCGGACGCUUGCGCCUAAAUCCAAUAAGGGCAAGGGCAAGGGUAACGGAAAGGGCAAAGAGAAAGAGCAAGCAAGUGCUCUGCUACCCUCUUACGACUAUCACGACGGCUCGCUUCACGAUUAUGCACUUCAUGCGCACUUCCUCCGGGGAUACGAGCAAUUCAAACUCACGCACGGGUCUUUCACUUCGAUCUUGAUUUCCCUCGGGCAAGAAGCAUUAGAAUUGCAGCUAGAACGGUUCUUUACUGUAUGGGCGUGGUCCUGGGAUUUAAGCAAGAGUUUUGAGUUGAGCAAUGACCUAGGAUUGUCCCUUCAUCCCUUAUACCCCUCUAUUCUACCUCUAUUGGAUACCUUUUCGUCACAGUUACCAGCUGGACUGGACGCGUUGUUUCUUUCUCCUCCUCAUGUAGUUCCGUCUACCAGAUACAGACAAUCUAAUCAUCCGCCCGCACUCUCGCGACACCUUCUCUCUCUGAUUCCACCUCACUUACCACGGCAUAACGCGGAUGAUCGCCCAGAAGCCUCUUCACCCGCUGAAAAGGGAGCGACUACAAGCACUGCAGCCAAAGAAGUCGUUUCUGGCGGUAACCCCUCCAGCGGGUUCUUGGGCAUGCCUUCUAGUCUCGCCAUGACUAUGGGGGUUCGGAACUGGAGUUGGCCUGGGGCGUUAACUUUUGGGAAGAGUGCUGAACGAAAAACGCUGGUAGCAGGACAAGAAGGAAUUAAGCCUGAUCCCUCCGUGGCCGAAAGUACGAGCACUGUGACGGAAGUUGACAGGGUUGCUUUGGAGGAUGCGAUGUCCUCCACCGAUAUACAUGGCCUGCUAGAGAAGGCAAAUGAUGGAUUAGCUGGCACAGAUCCUGAUGCUGCACGUCAAGGGGAUUCGGAGGCAGACCACAGCGGAGACACUCCACGACCUUCGCGAGUCCCGUCGCCGCUUCCCGCAGAUGACUCAUCCACAUCCUCUCUUGAACCCGAGAAACCAGUUCAUUAUCGUCAAUUGGAUUUUGCUUGUACAUUCGUGUUUCUAGCUGAAAGCGGUGACCCGUUGGAGACUCACCGAAGGCAAGUUAUACAUCUAAGAUAUCAAAGCUUGGCCGUGGCUCUCAUAUCGGACGCUGAUAAUGUAGAAGACUAUGAUACACAUAUCAUAUCUGAAGCUGCAUCUCAAUUGCUGGAGGAAGUUGAGAACCUUAUCAUUGCGGAGGCGACACGGGCCUCUGAGACCUUCCCUUCGGCGACGAAGAUUUUGCAGCCCAAAGACAAUCAUCUGAUUAGUUUUGGCGACUUUACUGCAGCCAGUCCCGACUUCUUCGCGAAGUCAGAUUACCUAUAUAACGGAAAGCAGCUAUUAGAACAGGAACCGCAUAUCACCGAAGUUUUUUCUCGAGGUCAACACCCGCAACACUGGCAUGUUUCAAAAAGGGACAGUGUCGGUGGAGAAGAAAGGGAGGUUUUCCUCGAGGUUGCUCGGAAGGAGACGAGCUUAUCUGACGUCGAUAAUAUCAUCCAAAGGCUUCACUUGGAUUCGUUCUAG